AAGGAAACCCACUGACCGGGGGGGUGGGGGGGGGAAUUGCUGCUUUUUACUUCCCGAAUCAAUUUUAUCUUUAAUUUAAAUCACCUUAGAAAGUUGAAUUGCAGAAACAUGGGAAUGGGAGAUAUCUUCAUGUGAUUUUAUUUGGAGGAUCUGGCGGCUUGCAGGAGUUUGAGGCUGAACUCCGCGCUGUUGUUUUGUUUUAAUUAUUAAUUAUUAGAAGCAGAGCUUGGAGUCUGUCUCUACUAUCCUUUUUGUUUUGGAGUUGUUGGAGCCUCCCUUGCCUUUCCUGUGGUUUUGUUUUUGAGAGCGGGGUGGUGGGGGUUUGGUUUUGUUUUGCGCCUUUAUUUCCCUUCCCCCUGUUUUCUCUCUCUCUCUCUCUCUCUCUCCUGUGAUUGUGUGUAGUUUGGGCUGGGCGAUGUGGAGACUGGCGACUUGCUCGGUUGUGUUCGUGCUGCUGCGCUCUCUCACCGCUCUGCCGUGGCCGCUGCUCACCGCCGCCUGCUGCGCUCUCUACCUCGCCUCGGGAGGUCGCACAUUCCUCGGCGUCUUCUUCAAGACCAUCCGCCGGGACGUGCAUGCCGCGGGUGUCCUCCUCAAAGUCAAGCUCAACGUGAGGCGGAACUUGAAACUGAACAAGACGAUUCCGAAAAUCUUCCACGAAGUUGUCCAGAGGCACCCGGACAAGACUGCGCUCAUCUUCGAGGGGACCGGCGUUGCCUGGAGCUUCCGGGACCUGGACCAGUUCUCCAACCGAGUGGCCAACUGUUUCCGCCAGCAGGGCUUCCGCACCGGCGAUGUGGUGGCGCUGUUCAUGGAGAGCAGGAGCGAGUAUGUGGGACUGUGGUUGGGGAUGGCCAAGCUUGGCGUGGAGGUGGCACUGAUUAACUUCAACCUGCGGAUGGACGCACUGGCACACUGCAUCAACAUCUCCAGAGCCAAGGCUAUCGUGUUUGGGGGCGAACUGAAUGCUGCCCUGAAGGAGAUCCACAAGCUGCUGGGCAAAUCCAUGUCCCUGUACUGCUCUGGAGAGCCCGAUCCGUCGGAAGUGCUCCCUGGUACGGAGAACCUCGAUCGCUUGCUGGAAGCUGCAUCAAGCCAGUGCCCUCCCCCUCUCCAGAGCCGAGGAUUCACAGAUCGACUGUUUUAUAUCUAUACUUCAGGAACGACAGGCAUGCCCAAGGCAGCUAUAGUUGUCCACAGCAGGUAUUACCGGAUGGCAGCUUUGGUUUAUUAUGGGUUUCGAAUGCGCGCUGAUGACAUUGUCUAUGACUGUUUGCCUCUCUAUCACUCUGCAGGGAAUAUUGUGGGGAUCGGCCAGUGUCUCCUGCAUGGACUGACUGUGGUCAUCAGGAGGAAGUUCUCUGCCUCUCGCUUUUGGGAUGAUUGUGUUAAGUAUAGGUGCACGCCCAGGAGAAAGGAAAAACCAAAUCUGGCAGCAGAGAGAGAGCUGCUGCUUGCUCCCCUGUUGCCUGUAGGCGAUGUCCUGGUCAUGGACGAGUACGGCUACAUGUAUUUCCGAGAUCGAACGGGGGACACUUUCCGUUGGAAAGGUGAGAACGUGUCGACGACGGAGGUGGAGGGGACACUGAGUCAGAUCCUUGGCAUGACGGACGUGGCGGUGUACGGGGUAGAGGUGCCAGGUGCAGAAGGUAAAGCUGGAAUGGCCGCUGUAGCAGAUCCUAACAAUCAGAUCGACCUGGAGACAUUCUACACUGACCUGGAAGUAGCUUUACCUCCAUACGCACGACCCAUGUUCCUGCGAUUAUUACCAGCAGUGAGUAAAACAGGAACGUUCAAAUUCCAAAAAACAGACAUGAGAAAGGAGGGGUUCGACCCGAGAAACAUUAAGGACAGACUUUAUCUCCUGGAUCAAAAACAGCGAACGUAUGUCCGAUUGGAUGAAGAGCUGUUCAGAAGCAUCCAAUCAGGGAAACAGAAGUUGUGAUGAAAACUCAUUGAUAUAUCUGUAACUUUGUUUACCUCACACUUACUGCUGUCAGUAGCCAGAAAAAGCAAAAGGGAUCAUUCAUUCCAUUUCUGUUACUUGACCAGACUUGCAUGUACAGGAACUUCACAGAGAAUUCCAUUAUUUUUCUUUAAGUUUAUUACAGAUUUGCUAGUAAUUUAUGAAGAGCAAUUAUUACAAUUUUGCACAAGAGAAUUAUAAUUAAUUUUUAUUAUCUGUUUUGUUUGGGGUGGUGAUCUUCAAUUGGGAAAAAGCUUUUAUUUAUUGGUUUCUUCAACAGAGCCUGUGUAGCAUCUUCGAGUGUUUGAACAUUUAAUUAAACAGGUUUCACAACGGGACACAAGCUGUCACCGUUUCAUCUCCAUCUAAACCCUC